GAGUAUGCCAAAUAUUUUUAUUUUUGUUUUAUUCUUCUGGACUCUAUUUUACACUUUUAGAAAUUCCCGAUUUUUUGCAAUUUCCUUUCCGGAUAGAGAAGCUCCUUUACCUUCUCCAUUUUUUAAAAAUUCUGAAGGCCUUUUAAAAGACUUUUAUGAUGGAAAUAUUUCCGAAUUUGAAACUUUGAGAUUUAAUGCUGAAUUUACAAUUGUGGUUAGUUGGAGAAUGAAAUUUGGGGAGAGGAGAAAAAAAAAGAAAAAAAAUCUCAAAUUUUCUCCACAAAUUUGAGACUUUAAUGGAAAUGAUGAAUUAAUUUUUAAAAUUAAUUUUUAGAUGUUAUAUGCUCCGUGGGAUUUUAGAUGUAAAUUAUUUCGGUCUUCUUUUCUUUAUGUUGCGGGUUUAUUUAAAGAAAUUAAUGAGAUAAAAUUUAUUGCUGUAAAUUGUAAUUAUUACAAAGGAAGAUGUAGAUCAAUGUAUAAAUUAUUGGCUUUCCCUGUUAUUUUUGCCCAAACACAAUAUAAUCAGCCAAUUAUUUUUAAUCAAUUUUUGUCUUCUGAAAGGCUUUACAGGUUUUUUUCAAAAAAAUUUUUUUAUUUUAAAAUCGAGACCAGGCCCAUAGCCAGGAUUUUUUCGAGGGGGGGCAAGAGGGGAAAAUUUUUCUGCGCCGAAUUUAUUUUUGAUUUUUAG